AUUCUUACGCAGUUCUAACGCCAAGAGCCUACACUUCCCAGCGUUCCUCGGGGAUGCUUCGCUCCGUUGUUUUCCCAAGCUCAGACGCGGCUAGUUCAAGUUGCCAUAGCAGAAUGAAGCAAGGAGACUCUUCUGUUACUUAUCAGUGCUGAGCAAAACUCGACCGGCGCCGUCUUUACAGUACAUUUCUAGCGUUAUUAAUUUACCUCAUUAGUUUUUAUCUAGUCGUUUUGACGUUUCAUCCGGGGGUUUAUUUAAUUUGUUGGGGAACGUUUGGUUAGCUAGGCGGCUAACGUUCCCUGUGGUUUCCACUUGUUGCUAACCAAUCGGAGCAUCCUUCGCUACAAUGAGCUGGACUGCGGCUUACGGGCUCGAGCGCAGUUCCAGCCAUCUUCACUUAGUCGGAUAGAGCCGAACCUAAGCUUGAACCUAAAAUGACAAAGCGUCAGCGUAGUUUUCCGACGUCAUGUUUAUGUUCAGUAAAAAAAAAAAAGUUCUCCACUAUCCCGCCGCGCAAACUAACGUUAGAGCGAACAGUUAGCGUUUCUAGUUGUGGCCGCUGCUCGUCGCUUUGAUAUGCCUCAAGCCAUGGACACGUCCAGCGAGUCAGAGUCGUACGGAAGGAAGGUGCGGGGACACAGGCCGCGGGAGCGUGAGACUCACCGCAGGUCCGGACGGGACAGACGACAUGUCAGCGGGGGCAGAGACGACGGGCCGGCCGCGGAGAUCUCCGACAAAAUCAGUACCCUCGCCGACACCUUGCAGGACACAAGUAGGAACCUGACCAAAGUUGACAAAAUGUUGGGUCAAUACAGGGAUCACGCAGAUGAUCAAGCUGAAGCCAUAACAUUGCUCAGGGAGAGCUUAGAGGAUUCAAUCAAUCAGCUGCAGACACGGAGGCUGAGCGGGACCGACAGGGUCCGCAGUUCCUCCGUCUCUUCCCUCCACAACAGUGACCUUGAGGCCUAUUCAGGGUCAGAGGAGAAGCGCUUCCUCCCCACCUCCCCGCUCAAGGAUUAUAGCGGCAGCCCCAAAGGCAGGAGGAGGUCUCAGUCUGCUGGUGUUCGCUUCAGGGAUUCCAUCCGGCCCCCUGACGAUAUUCAUUCGGUGCACCAGACCCUGCGGGACCUGUACUCCGACCAGCAGAGGCUGUCUGAUGACCUGGAUAGAGAAAUCCUCCGGAGGAACAGGUCGGACAUUGACACCAGGCGGGCGAUGGAGAACCUGUCGGAUCACGUUUCCCACAGGCGGGACUCGGUGUCAUCCCGCGUGGAGCGACGUCUGCAGGAGCUGGAGAGAGAGAUGAAUGCUGAGAGAGGGAGGAGGGCGGAGUGGCGGGCGUCCGGGGACGACGACCAGCAGGAGAAUUUCGGGGGGUGCCAAGUUCGACCCGAUGACAGGGAAAACGCCUUGACGGCGAGACUUGUACGAGCAGAGAGGGAGAAGUCCAAGAUGGAGCAGGAGCUGGGCAGAGCCAGGAGGUUACUGGAGCAGUCGGAGGACAGCAAGGAGUCCCUCGUUCAGCAGGUAGAAAACAUGCGUGGCGAGCUGCUGAGGACAAAGACGGAGAAGACGGCGGUCCACCGGCCGCAAACGGAGAUGUCUCAGCUCGGCGUCCAGCUGUGUUCCAGCACCUCCGAGCGAGAAGGAGGAAGAGAUUACAGUGAGCUGGAAAAAGAGGUGGCUGAGCUGCGGGCGCAGCUCCACCAGGCCUCGGUCCGGAGCGAGGUGGAGGAGAUGAAGAGGGCCCUGGAGACGAAGGAGAGAGAGAAUCUGAAACUCAGUUUACAGGUCAAGGAGUUUUCAUCUGACAGGGAGGGGCGGGAAGAGCAGCAUCUGCGAAUUCUGGACCAGCUGAAAAGCAUGCAGAACCGCAGGCAGACAGAGCGGAGGGAGAUGGAGGCCUUGGUCCUGGAGAGCACGAGGAGCAAAAACGAGCUGAAGACCAGGGCCCAAGAAGCAGUGCGCCAGUGGAGGGCGAAGUGCAGGAGGCUGCAGAAGGAGCUGGAGGAUGCUGAGACUCAAGGUCGACUCCAUGAAGAGAAGGCCCUGCAGGUCUCCAGGGAGAACGAGUGCUCCCAGGCCCAGCUGAAGGCGCUGAGCCAGCAGGCCGAGGCGUCCCGCAGGGAGCUAGGCGAGGCCCUCGGCCGUUUGGCUCAACGCGAAGAGGAGCUCCAUUGUAAGAGCGUGGAGCUGUCAGAGGCCCACCAGAGGCAAAUGGCGCUGCAGCAGGAGAUCCGGGAGGUGAAGGAGGCCUUGGCCACCUUGCAGCAGGAGUCUCAGCAUCAGAACGUCGUCAUUGCAAGACUGAAAGAGGAGAACCACAUACUGGAGGAACAAGCUGACGUUCAAGCCCGCUGCCUCCAAAGGGAUCAGGAUGCUAAGGCCGAGGUCCAGACCACCUUGAAGCAGAUGACCGCCGCGCACGCCCAGCUGUCCCAGCGGCUGGCCGAGGAGGAGAACGCCAGAAAGGACGUGCAGAGGGGCUCAAUGGAGCUGCAGGCCAAGCUGACGCUGCUACAGGAGGAGCGCACCACUCUGAGCCAGCAGCUGCAGCUGGAGAGAGAGGUCCAUCAGAAGGAACUGAAGAACAUGGCAGCGACAGUCAAAGACGACCUGACCAGGAAGGAUCGGGAAGUGCAGGAUAUGGUCAGACUCUGCCAACAGGAAAAUGAUGAACUGAGGAUACAACUAAGAGAAGUUAAGGCGGACGCAGCGUCAGACAAGGAGCUGCGCGUGGCGCUGCACAUCAAGUUGGACAGGAUGAAGGAAGAGUGUGAUAAGCUGGUGGCGCAGCUGCACACUAAAGACGGCGCACAUUCUCUUCUGCAAAGAAAAUACCAUCAACUUAAGCAGGAACUGAAAGACAAAGUGAGCGUUGAUGAGGACAGACGUGUUCCCGAGUCUGAGCUUAUGAGGCUGGAGAAGAAGAUUGUAACGAUGGAAGCGGACCGAGAGACAGUCCUCACUUCUCUCGGGGAGGAACUGGAUGCAGUCUGUCGGAGCCUGGCGGGGAACGGACAAGAGAAACUGCAGGCGAUCUCCCAGAGACCCGGAUUAGUGAAGGAUCCCCAUCUUUGGCUCGCUGAGACAAAGACCAAGCUGCGCUGGCUGAACGAGGAAGUGCGAGAGCGCGACACGAAGGAGCGGCGCCUGAGGAAGCAGCACCAGCAGACCAGAGACGAGCUGAAAGCUCUCAAGCAGAGCCGUGACUCGACGCGGGAAACCCUCCUGCAGCGCCUGGACCAACAGGAGAAGCUUCUGCUCUCCCUCAGCACGGAGAAGAAAGAAGAGAAGAGGAGUUUAAAGACAGUCAGACAGGUAGAGUUGGGGAGCCACUAUGAAAAAAAUCGUGUCACUUUUUUACGGUGUUUUGUAGCAAUAUUAUUAACAUUGAAUAAAUAGUCUAAAUUAAAGAAACCCUUUACAUGGUGCCUCUUGUUGUACAGAUGGUAAUUAAACACAUGCUGUUUACAACCACAGAAUAGAUGCCUCUAAUAAAAAAAAUGACUGAAAGGCUGUGUUUAGCAUCAUCUCUGCAAAGCUUGGUUUAAAGAUGAGAUUACUCCUCCUGUAUACUGCUGUCAUUUAUAGUUAAGGUCAAACAUAUGUUAGAUUUCUUUUUUUUUCAGGUUUUAAAUUUCAAUGUUAACAUUGAAGAUCCUUGUUUUAUUCUUCUCAUAAACACAGAAUUUCAGAGUUUGACCCAACUUUGUAUCUCAAAUCAUUCUAAAACUAAAGUUAUUUUCAUAUAGAACAUUUAUUAAAGUGCAGCAAAAAUCCACAUACAACAUUUAAUAAUGGGAUCCAAUAGGCAUUUGUUGAAAGUAAAUAUAUUCUUACACACAUUUUUUUUUUUGGGCCCGAUAUUGCCCCCCUUCUGCGCAGAGAAAAAGUACUUUUAUUGGCUCCUUGCAGCAAUCUAUCUAUUUUGUACAGUUCCGACUCAUUCGCCUCUUCACUUGAAAGCCACUCUGCCCUGCAUCCAGAGAUAAGAGCGGUUCUGGUUUUGUGGAACCCAGCACGGCUUUCAGGUAAAAUGGGACUGAACUUGAGUCAGCAAAGAUUGCACUUGGCCACUCUGGCUAUCAUCCUCCAGCUGGUUCCAGGCCUGAUUAAAACGGACUCGGACUAUGGAGGCUUGAGAAAGUUGUUCCACAGAAAGAAAUUAUCGUUUUGACUUUAGUCUUUUUUUCCACCACGUUUCUGUGAAAUUGGCUGUGGUCAGAUUUAUUACAGGAAGAAAACAUUCAUCUUCAGGAUUUUAUAUAUUCAUGAGAUAUAAACUGAUGUAAGCUGUCACAUAAAUGAUGUAAUAUUGCUGGAGGCAGGAAUUCUUACAACAAAUCCAAAGAAGCCUCUGACUGAAGGCUGUUACUGUAUGAUUUGUGACUAUCAUCACAUGCUAACAACUCAUUAUCUUUG